ACCAGGCGCCCAUACAUCUUCCCUUUCUUCUAAUUUCCUGUACACUCAUCUUUAUCUCUCUUUCUCUCUCUACCCUGAGCUCCUAUCGGAGUGAACGCUCUCUUUCUUUCUCUAGGAAACGGUAGAUCAGAAUAGGGAGGAGAGCGGCCAAAAAAGCCAGCCAAAAGUGACUUUCUCUCACUUCAACCUUCACCCAUUUUCUCCUUUUGCAUUUCCUCCGCAUACACAUUGGUUUCUGUGAUGAAUCGCUCCCCUUUAAACCGCAGGAGCCUUUCCUUCUCCUUUUCUCACCCUUUUCAACAAUGGAAAGUUUAGGAUCUUCUCUGGGCCUCACUGGAGCUAGGGUUUCUUGCUUUGUUUGGGGUUUUUAUUCAUUGAAGAUAAGAUUUAUAGAAGUCUAGAAGUUGGUUUUUAAUGGAAAUUUAGGGAUUUGGAGCCCGGGAUCUUCUUUUGUUAUCGGUAAAAAUACAAGUUCUCAUCUUUCAGUCAAGGAUCUAGUCUCAAGUUUCGGUGGUAUCAGGUUUUUGAAGUCUAGCACCGUUAAAUAUUAGGUAUUCUUUUGGUGAUUGUGGAGUUGGUAGAAGCUGGAUCUCGAAUAUUAAGGUUUUGGGUUCUUGAAAAUUACGUUUUCCUUUGUUGGUUUAUUGGACCAGAGGAGAUCUGUUGAAUCAUGGAGGCCAUGGACGUAGAUCACAGAAGCAAACAUGAUGAAAAGGUAAAAGAAGCAGGUGUGGGUGGUGGUGAUAAUAGAGACACAGGGCAGAUAAUAGUCACUUCUUGUGCAUGGAAUGGACAACCCAAGAAGACUGUAAGCUUUGUUGCAGAGCGACCAGUCGGAACUGGAUCCUUUGGUGUUGUGUUCCAGGCUAAGUGUUUGGAAACUAAUGAGACAGUAGCCAUUAAGAAGGUGUUACAAGAUAGGAGGUAUAAGAAUAGGGAGCUUCAAAUAAUGCGCAUGCUUGACCACCCGAAUGUUGUUUCAUUGAAGCAUUGCUUCUUCUCUACAACUGAAAAAGACGAGCUUUUCCUCAAUUUGGUUAUGGAGUAUGUUCCUGAGACUGUUUACAGGAUUGAGAAGUAUUAUUCUAGAAUGAACCAGAGGAUUCCUUUGCUCUAUGUGAAACUUUACACUUACCAGAUUUGUAGAUCUCUUGCUUACAUUCAUGGGGCUAUUGGUGUCUGCCAUAGAGAUAUAAAACCACAGAAUCUUCUGGUUAAUCCUCACACCCAUCAACUGAAAUUAUGUGACUUUGGAAGUGCAAAAGCUCUGGUCAAGGGAGAACCAAAUAUAUCCUAUAUUUGUUCUAGGUAUUAUCGAGCUCCUGAGCUCAUCUUUGGCGCUACUGACUACACAUUCUCAAUUGAUAUGUGGUCUGCUGGCUGUGUUCUAGCUGAAUUGCUUCUUGGUCAACCUCUAUUCCCCGGUGAAAGUGCUGUUGAACAGCUUAGUGAAAUUGUCAAGAUCCUCGGGACUCCCACUAGAGAGGAAGUUAAGUGCAUGAAUCCGAACUAUACAGAAUUCAAGUUCCCACAAAUGAAGGCGCGGCCAUGGCAUAAGAUCUUUCACAAGCGGGUGCCUGCCGAGGCAAUAGAUUUAGUAUCAAGACUUCUUCAGUAUUCUCCUAACUUGCGACCAUCAGCUCUCGAGACUUGUGUCCACCCCUUUUUUGAUGAACUUCGUGACCCCCAUACGACCUUGCCAAAUGGUCAUGCUUUACCUCCCCUUUUCAACUUUAAACCAGAAGAACUGAAAGCGGCUCCUCCAGAGAUUGUACAGAAAUUGAUCCCAGAACAUAUAAGGAAACAAUUUCCUCACUUCAACCCAUACCUUGCCCAAAUAGCAUGAUUACUCUUUGUGAGAUCCUUACCCCCCUGCCCCCACCUCAAAAAAAUAUAUCUCUUUUGUAAAGUUAUUGGAGACAAGCGAAUUGCUUAAAGGAUCAGCCAAGAUAUCAGAUCUAGCAUCCAUUGGUUUCAACUGCUAGUCAUGAGGCCUUGACUGUGUUCAGAGCUCUUAAGGCUACCGAGGUUUCAAACUUUGCUGCUGGAUAUAGGGACCAGGUCUUCGGGGAGGCACAUGCUGCAAUUCUCAUAAAACGGAUCAUUGUUCGCUUCUUAAUGAACGAAUCAUCCAUAUGGUGAGUUUUUCACUUCCACUGGUUUCUGGACUCUCAUGGUGACUUCUCACCUCCUGUGUUUGUAAUCAUAUUUGAAGCUUUUAGAGUUGUAAUAAUGAAAUAGGAUGGCCUGAGUAGGUUAAGUUUCCAUCUUUUUAUGCCUGUUGUCUGUCAAAAGAGUGGCCAAAAAUGGGCUCAACCUUGUCUCUUAUGUUUUAUCCAGGUGCUUCGAGAUUUUGUUUGUGUUAUAUGUUUUAUAUAUUACUUGUAUCCCUAUGAGGACCUCUACUUAAGACAUCAUUAGGUGCUUAUGCCUUUAAGUUUGUGUCUUCUUUUUGGCCGACGGAUACCAACGUAACAGAAAUAAAUCGUGCGAAUCUUUAAGUUGUUC